CAUCGCUUUACACUUACCAUACCACUUUUGUGUUUGGGCUGAAUUUCUGAUGGUCCCACAGCUCAUUUCGCCUUAAUUAUCGUGUCUUGAUAAUGCCAGCUGUUGGCGACCAACAUCGAGCAACCCCAGCAUGCAUAAUGAUGCCCAACGCAACCGGAACGAUGUCAGGAAAUCCAUUUGAAGAACCACAACGCCGAAUGAGCGAAUAUACCGCGAAAGAAAUCGCCACCCUCCAAGCACGGCUCGAUAAGAAGUUGGGGCCCGAGUACAUUUCGUCGAGACCGGGUGCUGCAGGACAGAGGGUACAUUAUCUCUCUGCGGAUAAGUGUAUUAAUCUUGCGAACGAGGUGUUUGGGUUUAAUGGAUGGUCGAGCUCGAUUCAGAAUGUUCAGAUUGAUUUUGUCGAGGAGAGUCAACAUACGGGGAAGAUCAGUCUAGGACUGUCUGUUAUCGUGAAGGUAACGCUAAAAGAUGGGACUUUUCAUGAGGAUAUCGGCUACGGACACAUCGAAAACUGCAAAGGAAAGGCCGCUGCUUUCGAAAAGGCCAAAAAGGAAGGGACAACAGAUGCUCUGAAGCGUGCAUUGAGGAACUUUGGCAACGUCCUGGGCAACUGCAUUUACGACAAAGAUUAUGUCUCGAAAGUGACGAAAGUGAAAUCUACACCUGCAAGGUGGAAUCCAGACGAACUUCACCGUCAUCCUGAUUUCGCUCCAGUCAAGAAAGAGACCGCGCCGCCAAAACCUCCUCCCCAAGAAGAUGAUGACCUUCCUCCUCGUCCUGCUGAUGCUGCACGACCCGCGAAGGUCGAUACAUUUGACGGUGAUGGAGAGUUUGGAAGUGACCUAUUCGAUGAAGCCGAUUUUGGAGUACCUGAGACCGGCAACCCAGAUGAAAUUACACUGGAGCCAGAGCCACAAGGAAAGCAGCAACCUUUUACGCCUGGUGUGAAUGGCCAGGAUUCCCAACCAAGGCCUCUGGCCAAUAUGCCAGGGCCUCCCGGUGGCUCUAACCCAGCAGUUGUGACGCCUUCUAAGCCUGAAAGACCUUGGAACCCCGCGCCUCCACGACAAGUCUCUGUACCUCCGCCUAAUGGGCGCCCAAAUCCUGCGCCCAUUAAUUCUAAUCUACGACGACCUACUCCUGCACCCGCUCCUCAAAACUUCCAGAAUCCGUCAACAACACGAUCAGGUCAACAACGACCCAAUCAGGGACCAGAUGCCAACAACAUGGGUCCCGUCAAACGUGAACCUGGUCAAAACGCGGACAUGCCUCCGCCAGGAACACCAUCGGCUUCCUUCUUCUCAGCCCGAGCAGUUGACAUGUUGCGAGAUAACCCAGCUGCCCCGUCCGCAGCACCACAAUUUGACCCCCAUGCCCAAAGCCCCUCCAUCCGCAAGACAGCAGGCGUCGAUCACAGCAAGAGCAUCCCCAUAUCAAAGCCCAUGGUUGCUGGCGCAUCCCCCGCCACAAACAAUACACGAGACUUCGUCAACCCCUCCACCGACAUGAACCGAAAAAUUGGCGCCCCUGGCAGUGGCGGUUUUGGCAGUCCAAUGAACAGAGGUCAAUCGACCUCGUCCUACCGGCCAUUGACACGGCCGAAUCUCGAUACCAGAAAUGCAACAAAUUUUACAUUAACGAAUAGAGACAGCGUUGGACCGCAGAAUAUCAAUGGCAAGAGGCCCCCGUUAAAUGAUGUGACCAAUGCGGCUGCCACUGCCGAUGGCUUUGGUUCCAUACCUGGCGUUGUUGAUCCUAAGAGGCCUAGAUUCAACGCGGGUGAUCCGAAUCAGCCACAGCAACCGCAACAAUAACGUUUUCUAGAGCGAUCAAGCAGAGGAAAUAGAAGGCUUUCAUUUAUUUUACGCGCGUCUGGUCUUGGUCAUUAGUACCCUGGUGUUCAUGAGUGGAAUGGCGUUCUGGCUAUGAGAAUAACAUGGCAUGGAACAGAUUUGAUUGUAUGGUAUUCGCGACGUUCCUUUUUUUUUUUUUUUUUUCCCCUCGUU